UUAGUCUUAAACCAUAGAAUUAGACUAUUGUAUUUUUAGUUUAGUCUUAGAGGCUCUGUGUCUUGUUUUAUUUUUCCUUUUGAAAUUGAGUGAAAUAAGAGACAUAAUGGUUGAUGAGAAUAUAAAGAGAAGCAACUUUGAAGUGUUGGGAAUGUGUUGUGCUACAGAAGCAUCACUGGUUGAAAGAAUUCUAAAGCCUCUUCAUGGUGUCAAAGAUGUUUCAGUGAUUGUUCCUGCUAGAACAGUUACUGUGAUCCAUGAUUUUCUCUUUAUUUCUGAGUCACAAAUAGCGGAUGCACUGAAUGCUGCAAGUCUUGAAGCUAGUUAUAGACCACAUGGAGAGUCCAAUAAUAAUGAAAAGAAAUGGCCAGACUUUCCUACAAUGGCAUGUGGCUUGUUACUUGUACUUUCAUUUUUGAAGUACAUAUAUCCUCCUUUGGGAUGGUUGGCUCUUGGUUCUGUUGCUAUUGGAUUCCCUAAAGUUCUAUUCAGAGCUAUAGCUUCAAUUAAGGCUCUUACUCUUAAUAUCAACAUUCUGGUUGUACUUGCAGUAUGUGGUACUGUUGCUAUACAAGAUUUUACAGAUGGUGGAGUCAUCAUCUUUCUGUUUUCCAUUGCUCAGUGGCUUGAAACAAGAGCAACUCACAAGGCAAUGGUUGCAAUGUCAUCUUUAACAAACAUGGCUCCUCAAAUGGCCAUUGUUGCCGAGACCGGUGAACGAGUCGAUGUCAAUGAGGUUAAGAUCAACACCAUCCUUGCAGUCAAGGCUGGCGAAGCUAUUCCUCUUGAUGGAGUUGUGGUGGACGGAAAGUGUGAAGUUGAUGAAAAAAUGUUAACAGGAGAAUCCUUCCCUGUCACCAAAGAAUCAGAUUCACUUGUCUGGGCUGGAACUAUUAAUAUGAAUGGAUAUAUAAGUGUAAGAACUAUAGUGUUGGCAAAAGACACAGUGGUGGCAAAAAUGUCAAGACUUGUUGAAGAGGCUUCUAGCAGAAAAUCACAAGCACAAAGAUUCAUAGAUAAUUUUGCAAAAUACUAUAUUCCUGUGGUUGUAUUGAUUUCAGCUAGCAUUGCUGUGAUUCCAGCUGCAAUAAGUGUUCCUGACAUUGAGCCUUGGUUUCAUCUAUCACUUGUGGUUUUAUUAAGUGGAUGCCCUUGUGCUCUUAUCCUCUCCACACCUGUUGCAAUCUUUUGUGCUCUCACAAAAGCUGCAAUAAGUGGAUUACUAUUGAAAGGUGGUGAUUAUCUUGAAACACUUUCUAGGAUUAAGACAGUGGCUUUUGAUAAAACAGGUACCAUAACAAGAGGAGAGUUUAGUGUAACAGAUUUUAGUGUUUCAGAUGACAUUGACAAUGAAACCUUAUUGUACUGGAUUUCAAGUAUUGAGAGUAAAUCAAGUCAUCCAGUGGCAGCUGCACUAGUGGAAUAUGGAAUGUUGCACUCUAUCAAACCAGUUCCAGAAAAUGUGGAGAAUUUUCAAAAUUUUCCAGGGGAAGGAAUUGUUGGUACAAUUGAUGGGAGGGAUAUCUAUAUAGGAAAUAGAAGAAUUGGUAUCAGAGCAGAAUCUGAAAGAGUUGAUUGCCAAUUGCAAUUUCAAAGCAAUGAGAUUUCUGCCAAGAAACAGCACUGUGGACAAACUCUAGUUGGAGUCUUCAGCCUAGUUGAUGCUUGCAGAUCAGGUGCUUUAGAGGCAAUUGAAGAGCUAAAGUUAUUGGGUGUGAGAUCAGUUAUGCUGACAGGAGAUAGCUCUCAGGUUGCUAUGUAUGUUCAGAGUCAGUUAAACCAUGCUAUAGACAUUGUUCAUGCAGAGCUUCUACCUCAUGAAAAAGCAACAAUCAUUGAAAAUCUGAAAAAACAAGGGCCAACAGCCAUGGUAGGAGAUGGCAUAAAUGAUGCACCUGCAUUAGCCACAGCUGAUAUAGGAAUCUCAAUGGGAAUAUCAGGUUCAGCUCUUGCAAACGAAACAAGCAACGCAAUUCUAAUGUCGAACGACAUCCGAAAAGUACCCGAAGCGAUUCGUCUUGCAAGAAAAACAACUAGAAAGCUCAUUGAGAAUGUCAUUAUUUCAGUUGGAUUCAAAUGUGCCAUACUUGCAUUGGCAAUUGCAGGAUAUCCAUUGGUUUGGCUUGCUGUGUUGACUGAUGUUGGAACAUGUUUGCUUGUGAUUCUCAAUAGCAUGUUGAUUUUACAAGAGAAUAAAAAAGAUGAAAGUGAAUCUUCAACAAAGUCUAAUAAAUAUGGAAAUUUUUUGGAAGUUAAUGUUGAUGUGAGAAAAGGACUUCUUAGUGAUGAAAAGUGUGGUAAAGGGUGUUGUAAAAAUGUUACUGAUCAUGUAGAAACUACAAAAUCAAGAAAAAAUGAAUCUUGUGGAAAUGAUCAUGGAAGUUAUAUGUUUGUUGAAGUUCAUGUUGGGAAGCCUUGCAAUGAUUUAUGUUUAGAAAAAGUUAAAAUGUGUGAUGAGGGUAAAAUGGACAAAUCCAUUGAUGAUUUAGAGUUGUCUGAGACAAGUGGGAUUGAUGAGUGCUGCAAGAAUAAAUGCGGUAAUGAAUUUGUUGAUGUUGAUGUUAUUAGUAGCCUUGGUGACAAGACAGAAAUUAUUAUUGAGUGAUACUUGGAAGUUGGAACUGUAUUGGCAAGUGAGGAAAAAAGUUUAAACUAAAAUUAUAUUUUGUUUGUAGCUUUGUACUAAAUACAGAGUGGAAUAAAAAGGAAAACAACGAGAUGUAGAAAAUUCAAGAAAAAUUCAUUAAGAAGUCAAAACGAAAAUAUUUGUCAAAAGAGUUGAUCAUUUAAGUUGUUAAUAUAAUAUAUUAAAUGUUGUAUGUUAUAAAUUA